AUGAAGUCGACCAAGUUCCCUACUGAAUUCAACCAGAAAGUUGACAUGCAAAAGGUCAACUUGCAGGUCAUUAAAAAGUGGAUUGCCAACAAGAUUUCUGAAAUCCUGGGCAGCGAAGACGAUGUCGUAAUUGAGCUGUGCUUCAAUCUUAUCGACGGACCCAGACAUCCCGACAUCAAAUCGCUUCAAAUUCAGCUUACCGGGUUUCUGGACAAAGAUACUGGACCAUUCUGCAAAGAGCUAUGGAAAUUGCUGUUGAGUGCUCAAAGUAACCCUCAGGGCGUGCCCAAAGAGCUAUUAGAAGCAAAAAAGCUGGAGCUUAUGCAGGAAAAGGUUGGCAUCCCAUCAUGA